AUGGGUGCCUCAGGCUCCAAGCCACCCAAAGUCACCUCGCACGACCGGGCCGUAUUGGACCUCAAGCUUCAGAGAGAUCGCAUUCGCCAGUACCAGAAGAAGCUCCUUCUCCUCGAGGACAAAGAACGGUCCGCAGCUCGCCAACUGCUAGCUCGAGGCGAUAAAGCUCGUGCCCUCUCUGCCCUGCGUCGAGGCAAAUACCAACGAUCCAUCCUAACCAAGACCGACUCUCAGCUGCGAACAUUAGAGGACCUCGUCUCCAAUAUCGAAUUCACCCAGAUCCAAGCAAGCGUAUACGCCGGUCUCUCCCGCGGAAACGAGGUGCUCAAAGAGCUGCACAAGGAGCUCAACCCUGAGGCCGUGGAGAGAUUGAUGGACGAGACUGCUGCUGGCGUGGCGUAUCAGCGAGAAGUGGAUGAGGCCCUUGCCAGUCGAAUGACUGUAGAGGAGGAAGAGGAGGUGAAGGGAGAGAUGGAGAGAUUGGAAGCCGAGGUUAGGAUGGAGAGGGGGGAGACGGUGCAGGAGGAGCCACAGCAAGUCAAGCUGCCAGAUGCGCCCACUACGGAGCCCGUCGCGUCUGUACGGGAGGGAGAGACAAGAACAGAGGAGUCAAGGGAGCCGCAGAAGGCAGAAGAAAGGCAGGCUGUCCUUGCGUAAUGACGGCGAGGGGCGUGGAAGGGCAUCAUGAUACUAAUGAGUCAACGCAUGCAGUGACGACAGGACAAAGAUCGUGUGCGCUGGAUUGUCUUGGCGAGCACCGACAGGAGAAGACACGACGAGCUAUUUGAUAGGACGACGGCGAUGUUGCUUUUUCUGCGCAGUUCUACCACCUCGGCGGGGGCGGCGGGGGCGGCGGCGGUUCGAGCUCUUGGCCCCAGCUCAACUGUCCAUUGACAAUCAUCGCCCUCCCAGCAAUCGAUGCUCCCGGCUGCUGGUGCUGCAUCUUCGCUCCGUGGCCGACUUCAGGCGAUGCGCUCUUGCCCAUGGCUGCCAUCGGUGCAAUUGGUGAGGACGGGGUGCCUUGGUAUAAAUUGUGCUGAGAUGACGAGU